UUAGUCUUUAUUAUUAAUCUUUUAAUCCUUCAUUGAGUAACUUAAAAACUUGAUAAAAAUGACUGCUUUUCAUCAAUGAUCAACCUAGUUUCCUCUCCGUUUCCUAGCAUUAUUAGUUUGAUAAUCUGUUUGGUUGCUGAGAAACUGAUGAACAUUGAAAAGCAGAAGAAAUGUGAAAGUUUUGAUUUUUGUGUUUUCUUACAUUUUCAAUGCCAGGGUUUUUUUUCUUUCUGAAAGUUGUUCUUUUGGUCAUUUAUUCUGAAAGUGGUUCUUUGGUAUGAUAGUUAGAUUUGUGUAUUUUUUUCAUCUGUUUGGUUACUGAGAAAGCGGAAAGAAAUGAUACAGAAAAAGAAAAGUAAUUUCAUUUAUUUUCUUUUUUUUUUUGGGGCUUUUUCUAAACAGAGCUCUAAAAGAAUUUUAAAGAACUCCAUUUGAUAUUUGCUAUAAUUGUUUGUGAUUAAGAAGUUUUAUUAUGAUAUAAAGCACAUUUCUUUUGUAAAGUUACAUAUCGAUUUUACAUGUCUAAGACUUGCUGUUUAGUUGAGAAAAUGGAGGUAAGGAUCAAUAUUGUGGAACAAAUUGUAAUGAAACUUGCAUAUAUGGCAAAGUUAAGCACUGUGAUAGGCGAUUGUUGUAAAAAAUGGUUUGGCAUUGCUAUUAGCAGUCAAAUUAAUGCCAACAAAUGUAAUUCCAAUCGCAAUGCCAAACAGAAAUAAUAUUCUUAGAAUGAAUUUUGAUUAUUUUCCCAGUAGGUUGAUCUUUGAAAUGAAUGUCAUUUGAAUCUCUCUAGGCUAAGGCUGUAAAUAAAUUAAUAAUCAAAGAAAAAUUGUAUAUUUUUUUGUUUAUUCUUUAUACUAUAGUUACCUAAUUAGCUAGAUUCCCUUUCCGGCUGUGUCCUGGAUCGCACUCCGUAUGUGAUCCAAAAUGUGGAAAGAGAUGAGCUGCCGUUUCAACAUCCUAAGUCCCAAUUAUCUGUUAUGCCGCGUGUUUUUUAUGAUUCCAAUACAAUAAAACAAGCCAGGCAGUAACAGAAAAUGGUGUGGAUUUCAAAACUUGUGAAAGGAUUACAAAUCUGGAAAGUAUAUCAUCACUUUUAUUAAGUUUAGCUGGUCAGCUAAAAUUAACCAUUUUCUUCUUUUUUUUUUUUUGUAUUUCUUUCUCAACCUUUUAAUUUUCUUCAAAAUAACUUGUUUUGUUUAUAUAUUGUGAUAUGUAUGUCUAUGUAAUCAUCCGAGCACACAGCUAUUCUGCAAACCCAAAAGCACUAUAAUUCUGGUAACCUUGAUUUAUACUCCAUUGUAAUUGUCUUCCUCUAAUAUCAUAAUUUUUAUGGUUUUUCCUUUUCCCCUCUUUUGUGAAGGAUAUAUGAGAAUGAAAGGAAUUGCAUGUGUUGCAAAUCUUGAUGAAGAAGCUCUCAGAAAGCUGCUUGAUGUCUUUGGUACUCAGUAUUCUCUUGAGGACAUAGCUUCUGCUUAUUACGAGGCAAAAGGAAGUGUCAAUAUUGCUGGUGACAUUCUUUGUGCAAGACAUGAUGGAAGGAUCUUGAUUGCUAGGGCUGAUGCAUUUGAAAAUAAGUCAGUGGGUACUAGUACAACAUCUGUGGAAUUGUCGUCUGGAUGGGAAAGCGAAAAUGCAGCAUCUUUAGAAUAUACAUCCGCCAAUCCCAACGCUGGAGCAUUCAAGUCAAAAAAAGGUUCUGCAUCAAUGGGAAGUGUUACAGGUGUGAUAGGAAGAAACUAUGUCAAACCAAGGCCAUCAAGAAACGACUCUUCUGAGACUAUGAAACCUGUGAAAAUAGAUUCGAAGGAAUUGCCAGUCUCUAUAGUAUGGAGGGAAGAAGAUCCAUCAAAUAGGACAACAAGGAAUGGCUCCACAAAUGGUGAUCUUGAGGAAUUUCUGUAUGAGAUGCUUGGAGAUGGAUUUCAACUUGACAAGUCUGUAAUUCAAGAAGUAUUUGAUUGUUGUGGGUUUGAUGUGGACAAGAGCAUGGACAAACUGCUUGACUUGUCAGCUUCAACUCUAGAGAAGUCUGAUGAUGUUAUUGGUAUAGCUGCUGAAAAGUUCACUGGGAUAUGUCCAGAUGACCAAUUCUUUUUAAUCCAAGACAAACCGCAAUCCAAAGAUUUUGCUCAAAGGAAAGGCUACCCUAAAUUCUUUCUUAUGGGCCACACUAUUCUUCUUUGCAUCCCUUGCAGCAAAGAAGCUACAUCUAUGAUAAGAAAUCCUAAAAGAUCUUCAAGAAGAAACAAAGAUAGAGUCACUAUGGAGAAAGAAGUCUUAGAAGCAUUGUUCACUGUUCCUGAAAGAUCUGAAGAAGUACCAAAAAGAAAUGGUGCAGUUAGAGUGGUGGGGAGAUCAAGGGCAUUUGGUAAAUUGGUGACCGAACCUCUCAAGGACACAGAUACCGGUCCUACAACUAUUGUAAAGCUGCUGAACGUUUCCAAAGAUGUGGAAGAUGGACUUGAUGACGAUGAGAAUAGCUAUGAUGUCUUACGGCAAGCUGUGAAGGAGCAUUGGAUCACAAUGAAAGAAUACUUUAAAGCUGCUCUUGAAGCAUUUGCUAAGGGUGAUAAGGCACGUGCAGCCAAACUUGUGGAGCUAGGUCAUUUUUUUAACAAGAAGGCCCGAGAAGCAGAUGAAAGAUCUGCUGAAAAGAUGCUUGAAACCAGAGAUGACGAAAUUAUAUCGCUUGACUUGCGUAACUUUGAACCCAAGGAAGCUCUUAGUCUUCUCAGAGUCCAUUUAACCUCUGUUUCUGGCAUCCCUUCUAUUAAGGGCCUGAGGAUUAUAGUGGGAACCAUUGAAGAAGAUACUAAAAAAGGGGCUCGAAGACAACUGAUUAUGAAACAACUGGAGAAGGAAUCGAUUAAAUGGAAUGAGGAAGAGAAUGGUCGGAUAAUAUCAAUUCGAGUUGAUGUAAUCAACCCAAAGCUCCUGAGUUUUGCAAAGAAGAAGAAUGAGACAAACAUGGGAUCCUCCUAAAUCAUUUCGAGGCUUUUGGCAACACAGGGCGUGACUAUAGCGAUAACGUCAUAGAGGAAGAUUGAACACUUGAACAACUUAGCCAAAACCUGGCAAUGGUUUUUUUUUUUUUUUGUUUAAUUCAAAUUCUGAAUAAAGUGUUCAUGUUGAAUUUUGUCCUUUUUUCCCUUGGUUUUCUUACGAGCAUGGUGGUAUAUCCUGGGGUUCAUGCGUCUUCCAUAGCUGCAAUAUCAAAACAUUGUUUGAAUGCAUUUGACAUCGAUACAACAGCAAAUGUUUUUUCAGUUAAUAAAAUUUUUGCGUGAUAGUUUU